AUGCCUCGCCAGCGUCGCCCUAUUGAGCACCAGAAAGUGCCCUCAGGUGGUCAGAGUCAGACUACAGAGAUGGCUGCUGUCGGGGAGGAGGCUCAGAUAUUGGUAAAACAACUCCUGCAUUGGGACGAUUUACCCCACUGGCAACGCGACAACCAUCACAUCCAUACUGGAUAUCGGCCAGCCUCGUCGUCAUUUUUAAGUUCAUUUCAAUCGCUGGGUUACGUUCACAAUGAGACGGUCAAUAUCUACACCCACCUCUUGCCAGCUGUGAUUGCCGCCCCCGCUGCAUAUUGGCUCUACCACUUGCUUUCUCCGCGUUACCGGGAUGCAGCCGAUUCUGAUAUCCUCGCUUUUUCCUGUUUCUUCGCGGGGGCUGCCUUCUGUCUUGGCAUGUCCGCAACCUAUCACACCAUUUCAAACCAUUCACCUGUGGUUGCACGCAUUGGAAAUGCACUCGACUAUAUCGGUAUCGUGGGACUUAUUGUGGGGAGCUUUGUACCUAGUGUCUUCUACGGAUUUUACUGUGUACCCGAACUCCAGCACAGAUACUGGACCAUGAUCUGUACCAUUGGGCUAGGUUGCGUGAUUGUAUCCGCUUCUCUCCCGGUUCCGCACACCUCGCUGGCGGCCGUUCCGCGCUACCAUCAGAUCGGUUUGAACUGGCUCGUUUUCCAGGGUUUCUUGUAUAUACUUGGGGCCGGGAUCUAUGCGGCCCGGGUACCUGAGCGACUUAUGCCCGGGAAAUUCGACAUUGUGGGGAGUUCGCAUCAAAUCUUCCACGUGCUAGUGGUCUGCGCAGCAGUAGCUCACCUGACAGGGUUGUUGAAGGCUUUCGAUUAUCGGCACAGCGGAGCUGCCGAGACCUGUCAGAUUCCACGCGGCUGA